AUGACUAUCCAACUGAACCCUUCAUCACACGGCUGGAAGUGCGAGAAGUGCGGACUCCCCGGAGUGCGUCUCUCUUCAGACUCAGGCCGCGCAUACUACAAGUGUGUCCCAUGCAAUCGCUCCUUGGGCCUUUGCCCUUGCACAACGCCAGGAGCUUGGACAACCUCGACAUGUCCAUGUGGUGACAGCGACGGCGAAUCAUCAUCAGGUCUUGAGGACCAGCUCCCUAGCGGUCUUGCCAUUCGUUCUACCACAAGACAAAACUUCAACCCACACAACCCCAAUUCAGGAUUCGAUGAAGAUUGGGAGUCAAAUUGCAGUCCAGGCUUCAUGGUCUCGAAGUUCAAGGCUCGAGGCAGGGAACUCAUCUGA